UAGGGCGAGUUCAAACAGGAACUGACAAGUUCCAAAUACGAAGUUUGCAUCUCAAAUUGCCCAGCCCCGCGCGCCAGUUGAACUUUCCACGUCAAGGGUUAUUUUCUGUUUACUCCCACAUGAUUAGUCACACUAUAAAAGUGCAGUCAGUUCGAGUAGUCUUGUUGACUACGUUUAAUAAUACUAAGUUCUUCAGUUCUUCUGCACUCUGUUCCCAUAAUUUUCUCCAUCACUUUAAUAAUAGCCCUAGUCGUCUAAUUGUCGGUCCUAAACUGUCGUCGAAUUACGAAAAAAACUUGACUACGAUCGCGAAGGAGGCCGUCAACAAGAUGAUCUCUGCACCAGCCGCGGAUAGGAACAAGGAGCCAAUUUAUAACGUACUUAAAGAAGUAUUAGCAGAGAAAUGUAGCUCGGGCGGUGAACUGAAAGCGCUGGAGAUCGCGUCGGGGACGGGACAACACGUCUCGUAUUUUGCCAAAAAAUUUCCUUCCAUAAAUUGGACACCGAGCGAUGUCGAUAAGCGUUACUUUGGAUCUAUUACGGCUUAUGUAGAGGCUGAAGGACUGACUAAUGUUCAAGAAGCAGUGUUCAUCGAUAUCACCUCGGCUAUGGAAGAUUGGCCAGAGGGUGUAAAGUCGACGGAGUUUGAUUUGAUCUACAAUGCGAAUAUGAUCCAUAUCAGCCCCUUCGAAACUACGGUCGGACUGUUCAACGCUGCUGGGAAACUGUUAAAGAAAACCGGUCUUCUCAUCACAUAUGGACCUUAUGCAGAGUGUGGUCUUUUAACUCCAGACAGCAAUGUGGCCUUUGAUGAGAGUCUGCGUGCCCAAAACCCGCAGUGGGGGGUACGAGAUAUCGAAGAUUUGGUCAACCUUUCGGCUGAACAUGGACUGAAAUUACUGAAAAGAUUUGACAUGCCGGCUAACAAUAAGACACUUGUAUGGAUAAAGGAAUGAAAUCUUAGUUAUUUUUUGGAGUAGUUUAGUAGUUAAUUAAUGAGUUAACGAUUAAGACAUUCCGGUGGUGACGAAUCGAAUAGUUGAUUGCACAAUUCAUUUAUUAGUUCGAAUUAGGUACUUAAAUUAAAAAAAAAAAAUUGCGUAUUUUUGAAUCAAGAAUGAAAAAAAACAUGAUUAAAA